AUGGACGACUUGGAGGCAGUGCCGGAGCCGGAAGACGAUCAGGAUGAGAGAGCACGCCAAAUUGUCCACAGCUUAUCCACUGGUCAUACCACUUACCGUUUAAUUCUAGCCGAAAUCAGCAACGCGGCUUGGUUCAUUGUCAAGGGAUUAGGUUACGUUGAUCAGCGGCGCGGCCACGGCAAGAUACCACCAGUCGAAAUGGCCAUCGAUCACGUCAGCAAUGGCUCUGUGAGCGAUCUACAAGCCUCAAAGGUUUUCUACGAGAAAGCCCUUGCUCCACUAGGUUACAAACUCAUACAUGAUAUUUCCCCUUACGCCAUUGGGUUCGGUACUGGCUCUUACAAAGCAGACUUUUGGCUCUCGGGCCCUGACCCCAACGGGUCCCGUACUGGCGAAGUAAAGAAUACCAUGCACAUUGCGUUCGCGGGGACUCGGGCACAAGUUCACGCAUUUCAUGAGGCGGCUAUACAAGCUGGAGGGAAAUGUAAUGGUGCACCUGGAUUCCGCCCGCAAUAUCACCCACUCUAUUACGGAUCAUUUAUCUUAGAUCCUGAUGGUAAUAACGUCGAGGUCGUCAAUCAUGGCUCAACCUGGCAAUGGAUUUGGUAUUUCGCUGGAGUUCAGCUUGGAUUCAUCAAACCGACAGAAAGCAACUAUAAAAAGGAUUAG